UCUCCUUCCCAAGCUAAGAAUGGAUCACGUUAUUUCAACAACUGUCCAACUUUCAAAGGGCUUUCAUUGGAAACCGAGCAACUGAGGAUCUCCGAAACCCCCCCUUAUCCUCCUCCCUGUUAUCUUGUUAAGGCUAACACAGGAGUAUGUCGUUCCCCCAGCCUGUUGCCCUAUAUGUUAGGACUGCUGCUGCUUUGAGUGCUCAACAGUUUCAAAAGAGGUGCUUUUUUUAAAGAGCUGAAGUUGGAUUGUAACUCGGGGCGAGCAGCUGGCAAGUGAACGAUGGUCUACCCAGGGAUCGCCUUGUGGAGAUUGUUUUGGGUCGCGGUAGGUUACGGGCUGAGCGCGGCUCAGGAACCUUUCGCCACUCACUCCAUCAGGAUCGAAGGAGAGCUCACCUUGGGUGGCCUUUUCCCAGUUCACGCCAGAGGGCCCAAGGGGACACCCUGUGGGGACCUCAAGAAGGAGAAGGGAAUCCAUCGCUUGGAGGCGAUGCUUUACGCCCUGGACCAGAUCAACAGCGAUCCGGACCUCCUGCCCAACAUCACGCUGGGAGCUCACAUCCUCGAUACCUGCUCGAAGGACCUCUACGCUCUGGAACAGUCGCUCACUUUUGUUCAGACUCACAUCCAGAAGGACACCACGGAUGUGAGGUGCACCAACGGGGAGCCCCCGAUCUUUGUCAAGCCCGAGAGGAUAGUUGGCGUGGUCGGGGCUUCCUCCAGUUCCGUGUCGAUCAUGGUGGCCAAGAUCCUGAGACUCUUUAAGAUUCCGCAGAUCAGUUAUGCCUCUACCGCGCCAGAGUUGAGUGAUAACAGCAGCUAUGCUUUCUUCUCCCGUGUCAUUCCACCAGACUCUUACCAGACCCAGGCCAUGGUGGACAUUGUGAAGGCUUUUGGAUGGAAUUACGUGUCCACAUUGGCUUCAGAAGGAAGCUACGGCGAGAGUGGAGUGGAGGCCUUUGUGCAGGUCUCCAAGGAGGCUGGUGGGAUUUGCAUUGCUCAAUCUUUGAAAAUCCCAGCGGAGCCCAAGCGAGCAGACUUUGACAAAAUCAUCAAGAGUCUUUUAGAUACACCGGGGGUUCGUGGUGUAAUCGUUUUUGCUAAUGAAGAUGAUAUCAGGCAGGUCCUCGCAGCUGCCAAAAGAGCAAAUAAAGCAGGCCAUUUUAUCUGGAUCGGCUCCGACAGCUGGGGCUCAAAACACUCUCCAGUAAAACAACAAGGGGAAAUGGCUGAGGGGGCAGUCACCAUUCUACCCAAAAGAGCCUCCGUGGAUGGUUUUGACACUUAUUUCACAAGUCGGACUUUGGAGAACAAUCGAAGAAAUGUCUGGUUUGCAGAGUUCUGGGAAGAGAACUUUGACUGCCAAGUGACUCGAACAGGAUCGAAAAAAGACACAGCAAAGAAAUGCACAGGUGAAGAGAGGAUUGGAACACACUCCCAAUACCAACAGGAGGGCAAAGUUCAGUUUGUGAUCGAUGCUGUAUAUGCCAUUGCCCACGCUCUGCACAACAUGCACAAAGUUUUGUGCCCAGGCUAUAUUGGCAUCUGUCCUGCGAUGGACCCAAUUAAUGGAGAUGACCUCCUGGGAUACAUCCGUAAUAUACAUUUUAAUGGCAGUGCUGGAACCCCUGUCAUGUUUGAUGAUAAAGGAGAUGCUCCAGGCCGUUACGACAUCUUCCAGUAUCAGCUUGUUGGAAACCAUACCUGGGACUACCGCAAAAUUGGCCAAUGGACAGACCAUCUUCAUCUCAAGGUAGAAGACAUGCUCUGGCCACGAGGAAGCCAUGAGCUCCCUACCUCGGUCUGCAGCUUGCCGUGCAAAUCUGGGGAGCGUAAGAAAAUGGUGAAGGGCGUAUCCUGCUGUUGGCAUUGUGAGCUCUGUGAUGGCUAUCAGUAUCAACGCGACGAAUUCACGUGUUCCCUUUGCAGCUAUGACAUGAGGCCUAACGAGAACCGGACUGGCUGCAGCCAAAUUCCGAUUGUGAAGCUCGAGUGGCAUUCACCGUGGGCCAUUAUCCCAGUGUUUCUUGCCAUGCUUGGAAUCAUUGCCACUAUUUUCGUGAUGGCUACUUUUAUACGGUACAACGACACACCAAUUGUACGGGCGACUGGACGGGAACUCAGCUACGUUCUUCUCACAGGGAUAUUCCUCUGUUACAUCAUCACCUUCCUAAUGAUUGCCAAACCCAACAUGGGAAUUUGUUCGUUCCGCCGCAUCUUCCUGGGCCUCGGAAUGUGCAUCAGUUAUGCAGCUUUAUUGACUAAGACCAACCGGAUUUUCCGCAUCUUUGAGCAGGGCAAGAAGGCUGUGACAGCACCCAGACUCAUCAGCCCGACAUCCCAGCUAGCAAUCACAUCCAGUCUCAUAUCAGUCCAACUUCUCGGAGUCUUCAUCUGGUUUGGGAUUGACCCACCAAAUACCAUCAUCGACUACGAUGAGCAGAAGACCUCGGAUCCUGAGCUGGCGAGAGGAGUCCUCAAAUGCGACAUUACAGAUUUACAAAUCAUAUGCUCCCUGGGAUAUAGCAUCCUUCUAAUGGUGACAUGCACUGUUUAUGCCAUCAAGACAAGGGGCGUCCCAGAGAACUUCAAUGAAGCUAAGCCUAUAGGAUUCACUAUGUACACUACCUGUAUAGUAUGGCUUGCCUUUAUUCCAAUAUUUUUUGGGACUGCUAAGUCAGCAGAAAAGAUGUACAUACAGACCACCACCCUAACCAUAUCCAUGAACCUAAGUGCUUCUGUGGCUCUGGGUAUGCUAUACAUGCCGAAGGUUUACAUCAUCAUCUUCCACCCAGAACAGAACGUCCAGAAGCGAAAGCGCAGCUUUAAGGCGGUGGUAACUGCAGCAACAAUGUCUUCACGACUAUCCCAUAAAUCCUCAGACAGACCUAAUGGUGAAGCCAAAACAGAGCUGUGUGAAAAUGUAGAUCCGAACAGUCCAGCAGCCAAAAAGAAAUACGUAAGCUACAAUGAUCUUGUUAUUUAAAAACAGCCUCCUCCAGAGAAGAGGGAGGCCAGGUUCUUCAGACAUCAGGCACAGGUCUCCAUACACCCUACUGCCCAUCUAUGGAGGAGUCUGUAUCCAGGCUUCAUCUCAAAUGAUUGAACAUGGAGGAUCCAGGUGUUUGAUAUGUGCUCCUUGAGAAAUAAUUCGUUGAAACAACUAUUGGAUUUAUUGGACUUGCAAGCCACUGGCACUAUUGUGUUGUUAUGUGCGUAACCCGGCGCAUCAGUCAGAGCUAAAACCAAUGCAUCUUUCCUUGUGGGCAAACUACAAUGAAAAACGGAGCUCUCACAGGGCUUGUUAAAUCUUUGAGUGUACUUCCAGACUGCAGUUUUUGACAAAGAAAAUAAAAUCCCAUCUAUAUAGUUUGUGAGGUUUUGCGUAGUGCAUCUUUGUUGCUUCUGUUUCACUGUUGCUUCCUGAAUGCAAUUACACUUAUUAAUUGGUCUUGGAAUUCCCUGUUUAGUCAACAGUUCAUGUCUUGUUAUGCCCCCUAUGGAGCUAUGUGAUUAAGGACUAUGAAAGCAUGUUAAUUUUCUACAGUUUGUUUGUAAUAAGUAUUGACAUUAAUCUUGAUGCUUAUGUGCCAAUAUCGUGGAAUAUUCUUU